AUGUACCGUGGGGAUGUCGUGCCAAAGGAUGUAAACGCUGCUGUGGCAACGAUCAAGACGAAACGCACAAUUCAAUUCGUUGACUGGUGUCCAACAGGCUUUAAGUGUGGUAUUAACUACCAACCUCCAUCUGUGGUACCUGGUGGUGAUUUGGCUCGUGUGCAACGAGCCGUAGCCAUGAUCUCAAACACGAGCGCCAUCGCUGAAGUGUUUUCUCGCAUUGACCACAAGUUUGACCUGAUGUAUGCGAAACGUGCAUUUGUUCACUGGUUUGUGGGUGAAGGAAUGGAAGAAGGUGAAUUUUCAGAGGCACGUGAAGAUUUGGCUGCGCUAGAGAAGGACUACGAGGAAGUAUCAGCUGAGACUGCUGAAGGUGAUGGUGAAGACGAGGAGUUUGGUGAAGAGUACUAA